AUGCGACCCAAAAAAUACCAUUUAAAUAUUGCAGAAUAUCCUACAGAUUUACUUGUUAAAAUUGUCGCCGAUCUAUUAAUUUCAAUAGUCAAAGAAAAUGAUAAACUAUCUAAUCAAUCAGUAACCCAUUUUCAUUCUCGCACUGUGCCUCCUAUCGGUAUCUAUGCUUACCUCAGCCGUAUACUCAAAUUCACUUCAUUCUCGAAUGAAGCUUUAUUGUCUACUCUCAUCUAUUUUGAUCGCAUUGCUCAGCAUAAGGGUCCAAAUUAUGCAGUCAAUUCACUCACUGUACAUCGAUUACUUAUAACCAGUAUUCUUGUUGCUUCCAAAUUCACGUCCGAUGUAUUCUACUCUAAUACUCGAUACGCCAAAGUUGGAGGAAUCCCUUUAUGUGAGCUAAAUCAGCUAGAGUUGGAAUUUUUAUUUUUAUGUAAAUUUGAUUUACACGUCAAACUGGAAAACAUGCAGGCCUAUGGAGAUCAGUUACUGACGCAUGCGCUGACACAGCAAAACAAAAAUAUUACAUCAUUUCCCUUAUCACCGCCACUUGAAGAUAAUUGUAAAAGGAAAAGACCAAUAGAUGAUCAUGACACGAGGAUCAGUAACAAAAAGCUAGUAUGCCCUAUUUCUUAUACCCCAGAUUACUCUAAUGUGUAA